GGAAGGCUCAUGUUCAGUGCUCACCAAACAAGAUGACGGUGAUCCUGGAGAAGUCUUCCAUGCCCGACAUUGAUGAAAACUUCCUCAAACUGAAAGACCCCACCUGUUCGCUCACCUCUAACGGCACACACAUCAUGGGCACCAUCUCCUUCAGCACCUGCGGCACAGAACUCCAGGACCGAGGCGAUUACAUUGCCUUCAGGAAUGAGAUCUACUCCUUUGAGCGUCCAGAUGAGAUCAUCGUCCGAAGGAGGAAGGUUCAGAUCGACUUCUCCUGUGAGUUUCCCAAAACCAUCAGCAUCUCCAGCUACUACAACCUCCACCAGUCGGACUACAUCUUCACCGAGUCCAGCUUUGGCAGUUUUGGCUACUCUUUUGAAAUAUUCAAUGACAGCAGCUUUGUAAAGAAAGUGGAGGCCGAUGCCUAUCCGGUGCAGGUCAACCUGCUGGAAAUGAUUUAUAUGGGCAUUGAAGCCAACUCGGACCUCCCAAACGUGACUCUGUUUGUUGAGUCGUGUAAAGGAACUCCUGACGACAACCCUGAGAACCCUCUGUCGUAUGAAUUCAUCCAGAACGGAUGUGUGAAAGAUGAGACGAUGAAAACCCACUCAUCAGACCAGACUUCAUUCAAAUUUGAAAUUCAAGCCUUCAAAUUCAAUGGAGACUAUGACCAGGUGUACAUCACAUGUUCUGUCAUCCUGUGUGAACCUGGAAGUCCCUUCUCUAGAUGCGCUCAGGGGUGUUUGAACACCCCGUCCCGCAGACGCAGACGAGGGCUGAGCAAGGAGACAACCGGACACUACAUCACCCAGGGUCCUCUGCAGUUUGUUGGACUCGCUGAUCCCAGCGCAGCCAAAACCAAGGAAAACAACGUCGUCAUCAAGACGAAGAGUGAUGCAGAGACCAGAUCAGGAGGAACGUGGGGAUUCAAGGUCUUCACAUCCAACAUCACCACGGUGGUCUUUGGCGUCGGCUUCAUCGCAUCGCUGGUUUUGCUGGCUGUGAUUGUUCGUCACUUCACCAGGAGAAGAAGAGAAGAAGACCGCAACGUUCUCAUUGACUCAGACUCUGAGAACUAAACUACUAAUGCCUAAAAUCAGGGAAUAUACAGUAUAUACAGUUUAUACACACACAGGUCC